GUACGGAAGCAAAGGAGCCGACAGCAUGGCGAAAGCCGGGGAUAAGAGCAGCGGCAGCGCUAAAAAAAGUCUAAAACGGAAAGCCCCUGCCGAAGAACUUCAGGAGGCCGCAGGCGCUGGGGAUGUGGCGACGGAAAGCGGGGUCCAACCCCCGAAAGCGGCUGCCUUUCCGCCAGGCUUUAGCAUUUCGGAGAUUAAAAACAAACAGCGGCGACACUUAAUGUUCACGCGGUGGAAACAACAGCAGCGGAAGGAAAAGUUGGCAGCUAAGAAAAAACUUAAAAAAGAGAGAGAGGCUCUUGGUGAUAAGGCUCCACCAAAGCCUGUACCGAAGACCAUUGACAACCAGCGAGUGUAUGAUGAAACCACAGUAGACCCUAAUGAUGAAGAGGUUGCUUAUGAUGAAGCUACAGAUGAAUUUGCUUCUUACUUCAACAAACAGACUUCUCCCAAGAUUCUCAUCACAACAUCAGAUAGACCUCAUGGGAGAACAGUACGACUCUGUGAACAGCUCUCCACAGUUAUACCAAACUCACAUGUUUAUUACAGAAGAGGACUGGCUCUGAAAAAAAUUAUUCCACAGUGCAUCGCAAGAGAUUUCACAGACCUCAUUGUUGUUAAUGAAGAUCGUAAAACCCCAAAUGGACUUAUUUUGAGUCACUUGCCAAAUGGCCCAACUGCUCAUUUUAAAAUGAGCAGUGUUCGUCUUCGUAAAGAAAUUAAGAGAAGAGGCAAGGACCCCACAGAACACAUACCUGAAAUAAUUCUGAAUAAUUUUACAACACGGCUGGGUCAUUCAAUUGGACGUAUGUUUGCAUCUCUCUUUCCUCAUAAUCCUCAAUUUAUCGGAAGGCAGGUUGCCACAUUCCACAAUCAACGGGAUUAUAUAUUCUUCAGAUUUCACAGAUACAUAUUCAGGAGUGAAAAGAAAGUGGGAAUUCAGGAACUUGGACCACGUUUUACCUUAAAAUUAAGGUCUCUUCAGAAAGGAACCUUUGAUUCUAAAUAUGGAGAGUAUGAAUGGGUCCAUAAGCCCCGGGAAAUGGAUACAAGUAGAAGAAAAUUCCAUUUAUAAAGUACUGAGAGAAUAAUAUUUGAUUUUGCUGAACAGGCCUAUCUUGAACUUUGGUAAAUUAUUUUUGACAAUACUUUUUAAAAUGGCAUUUGCUGAUUUCAUAAACCUUUCACGUCUGGACGAAUUACCAAAUGCCAUGAAUUGCCACUGUGUGUUUAUGUAGAAAAUACAAAUAAAAGUUAUUUUGAUGGCUUAGGUUUCCUUAAACUUCGUUCUCUUGUUUUUGGGUAACUGUGAAUAAUUAAGUUGGAAUUAAAUAGGAAAGAUUAACUUUCCUAUUUGCAUAGAACACAUGAGAGGAAUAAAAUGGUUGGUAAAUAUUGGCUAACCCUUGAUUUUUAUACUAGAUUAAUGUUGGAUUCCCAGUGUCUGGCACAGUUUUAAUAGCUUAAAUGGAGGCCAGUUUUCUGGAUGUUUUAACAUUCUCUUAAGCUUUCAGAAGGGUAAAAAAUUUAAAGCAAAAUUAUCUACCAGGGUUUAAAGCAAAGUUGCAAAUUACUGAAGCUAAUCCUUGCUUCCUGAUUUUGAGGUUUUUGGUUUUUUGUGGCUAGGUUGGGGGGAGCUCUUUUUCACCUCAUUACAUGGUGCUGUAGUACUCCAUUCAGGCACUGAAACAAAGUUAACCCUGUAAGUAACUCAUGGAUGGAAACCUGUAGAACUUAACAGCCUCCUCCUGACCUUAAAAGAAUAAAGGUUCACAGUGUACCUUUAAUUGCCUAGCAUUCUUGCCAGAUGUAUUGCAUAAAGUCAUGUGAGAAGAGUAGGUGGAACAAACUGUACAAACUUAACCCCUUCAGGUGUUCAGAACAGAUUAAUAUACUAUGUAUUUAAUACCAAUAAUAAUGCAAAAUAAAAGUUUCAUACUAA